AUGGCUGGCGGUGGGGCUGAGAUCUCGCUCCUGUUCAUGACCAGCAUCGUGGUGGCCGUGGGGCUGUGCAAGAAGCUCAUCCGCCGCCGGCUGUACUUGGACCACCGCCUUUUCACUUUCCUCAUGGAGAUGCUGAGCACCUUCCAGAUCUGUGCCUGCACCAACGAGCUCUGCCUGCUCGGCAACGUGGAGCCGAAGCCUCACGUCGCCCUCAGUCUCACCUAUGGUUUCACGGUCCUGCACGGCCUGACUCUGAGCGGCAGCACAUGCAAUCCCUGCGGCACUUUGCAGUCCGUGUGGAGCGGGGGGGUAUCGCUCAAGACCGGUGGACUCAAGAUCGCCGCUCAGUUCGUGGCUGCAGUGGUUGCCAGGGUGUUUAUGCAUUGUAUCUGGAGCCUGGGGAUAGCAGAGACCCAUUUUGGAGCACCCUCACAGGGCUGCAGCAGCCCCAUGCAGACUACGGUGAUGCAGGCGUUCUGCAUAGAACUGCUCUUUUCUGCCGUUUUCCAGCUGACCUUCCUGCGAGUGGAAAGAGUUAAUCCCAAGUACAGAGUGCAUCUGAUAUCUCUUCUCAUCACCCUGCUCGUGUAUGCAGGUGGAAAUCUCACAGGAGCAAUAUUUAACCCAGCAUUGGCUUUUUCAUUACAUCCACACUGUUUCUAUGAGAAAUUUCUGAGUUACUCACUAGUAUAUUGGGUAGCACCAUCCUUGGGUACAAUACUUGUGGCUUUUAUAUGGGGUGAAAUCCUUCCCCGGAUCUCCUGAGCCAUCAAAUCCUGACAUCAAGCAGUGACAUUGAAAUAUACCUUCAACAUCUGCAGAUGUGAAGCUGUCAGAAAAGUGCUGAC